GCAGACAGAGGAGGACUGGAGCUUCAGCACCACGGAACUUCUAAACAUGUAACUGGAACGUAAAACAAAGGAGGUCUGGAGAAUGAACUCACGCUGAUUGAUUGUGUGACUGUGUAAAAGGAUACCCUGCUUCCUGUAGGCGCUCUCUCUCCAGACAGAAGGACCGGAGAGUCUUGGAUCAGCCAUCUCUGCAUUUCUCUGUGGAAACAGUGCAGAAAGACCAGCUCAAUCCUGCACAAACUCAGAGAGAGGAGCGCAGUGUGAUGAACACCAUGCUUCCUCAAAGGAGUGCCAUGGCCACAUUGAGCUACGCGUCAGACUGUGUGAAGAUCGAGCCUCACGGCAGCGGCGGCUCGGUGGGUGGGACGCUGCUGAGGGGCUCGCGCUCCAAGGCCGAGCUGCAGGAGCUGAUGGAGACGCUGCAGCGCAGGAAGAGCGCCCUGGAGGCCAGCCUGAGAGCGGCCGAGUGCAGCCGCAAGUAUCUCAGCAUGCCUCCUUCGCCCGGAGGGACCCAGUCCGGCAGGCCUCUGUCGGUCCUCGGCAGCGCAGAGCGCCCUCCGCCCGCCUCCAGGAACUUCUCCUACAUGAGCAGCAGCAGCGUGCCCCCGUCGCCCCGGCAGGGCGAGCGCCAGCUCAGCUCCAACGGCCCGCUCCGUCACUCCCACUCCCGCCAUCAGUCACAGGACAGCCUGCUUCUCUCGGAGGGAGGCGCCCUGCUGGGCUCCUACGGCGAGCCGGUACCGCGUUCUCCCAGGGUGAAGAGCGGGGCGGCCAGCGUGCCGUCCAGCCCGCGGAUGGGCCGCAGGCUCUACUCUCAGGGCAAAUGCGGAGGAGGCGACUCCCGCCAGAGGAAGUACUCCACCGGCUCCCUCAGCAGCCUGGGGCUGCACAGCCGCUCCCUGCCGCGGCUUCACAACGCGGCCGACCCGCCCGCCCUCUCCCUGCCGUCACGCCACUCGGUGGGCUCCCACAGAGCGGCGGCCUCGGCGGGGCAGCGGCGCAGCCUCUCCUCCCUGGAGCAGCCUCCAGAUGUGACCGUACCUGCCAGCAUGCCCAGCACGCCCAGGAGGGCCAGCCUGGCCUCCCUGAGCUCUUUGGGCGUGGACAUCGACGGGACCGGCUUGGAUCUGGGCUUCGGGGAGAGAAGGUUGUCUUUUGGGAAGAGCGGGCUGAGUCCAGGACAGCGGGUCGGCAGCAUCAGCUCUUUGAAUGGCAAAGAGGAGCUGAGAGACUACCAUCAACACCAGAGGGACGAACGGCUCCGGGAGCAGAAAGUGCAGAGGCUGGAGUGCCAGCGUCUUGAGACCAUCUUGAACCUGUGCACGGGGUUGGGGCAAGUGGUGAAAGAUCCAGGCGGUUCAGCUGUUUCCGACCUGCAGAAGAUCAAUAAGGAACUGGAGAAACUGCAGGUGUCGGACGACGAGUCCGUCUUCUCCGACUCUCCCAGCAGCACGGCUCAAGAGAGCUGCUUCGGGGCCAAGGGCAGAGACUUCCAGCCGUCCGAGGAGCAGCAGGCCGGCCAGCGGCAGCAGAGCGGCUACAGGGAGGCCCGGUCCCACUCACCCGCCGUCAGCCUCAACAGCAGCGCCCCGUCUCCUUCCACACACCACAGAACUAAGGCUUUGGAGAGUGUGCAGCUGAAGCAGGAAGUAACACACAUCGAGGAGGAAAGAAUCCAAGUGCUAAACAACAUCGAGGAGCUGGAGCAAAAGAUCAAAGACCUGGACAACCAGAUGGAGGAGUCGGUCCGUGAGAUGGAGGUGGAGUGUGCCCUGCUGGAAGGAGAGCAAGAGUCCGAGACGGCUCAGCUGCAGAGGGAGAAAGAGCUGCUGGAGGAGCUCAGGGGGAAAAUUCAGAGUGUUGAGAAGCCGGACCUCGCUGAGAGGUCACAGGAAAAUGGGGAGCAAUCAAAGAGUUCAGAGGAUUUGGAGUUUCAAAAGUUGGAAAGAGAAAUCAAGCAGGACGAGGAAAAAGAGCAUCAGAACCAGGAGCUGCUGGGAGAGAUCGCCGAUUGUCAGCGACUUAUUGUCACGCGCAAGGAGAGACUGGCCACGCUGAAGAAGCAGUCCUCUCAGAUUGCGCUACAGACUCAGCAGGAAAGAGAGAAUUUCCAGAGAGAGAAAAACAACUUGCUAAUUAUGCUUCAGAAGGAGAGAGAAAAGUUGGUGUCUUUGGAAGGAAAGUAUGCAGAGUUGUCUGAGGGGCAAAACUUCACCAACAAUCCAGUUGCCAUCAAAGAGCAUUUGCAGUCUCUGAAGGAACGAAGAAGAAGCAGCAAGGAAAACGCUUCACAGGCAGUUGACAACCUACCUCAUAAAAGGAACCAGCAGCUCCUCGGCCCGUAUGGCAGAUCCCUGGGACGCACACUUCCUCCGAAGGUCCACCUGCCUUUGUCUCAAAGCUCCAGCUGUGGAAGCGUAAUCCCACAAGGCUUCAGCUUCCCCCCGCGAGAGGUGAACCCUCGCCGUCUGUCUAAAACGGGCAACAGCCACGCACACAUGAGUGAGGACAGACACAGGCGGAGUGACUUCUGCAGCAGGAUGGUCUCGGAGCCCAACGUGUUCCUGGACUCCUUUUCGUAUCCGGACAACAGCCAGGCCUCGGACACCGUCAGCGUGGACAGCUCCGACAGCCUGGAGACCAGCUUCUCCGCCUGCUCCCCGGAUAACAUCUCCAGUGCCAGUACGACAAAUAUGGCAAAAAUCGAGGAAAUGGAGCGUUUACUCCGAGAGGCCCAGGCGGAGAAGCUGAGACUCCUCGAGCAUCGGGAACGAGAGAUGGAGAUACGCCGGCACGCUCUCGAGGAAGAGCGGCGAAGGAGAGAGGAACUGGAGAAGCGUCUGCAGGAGGAGACGAGCAGGAGGCAGAAACUUGUGGAGAGAGAAGUGAAGCUCAGGGAGAAACAAAGAUCACAGUCCCGGCUGUUGACUCGCUACCUCCCUAUAAGGAAGGACGACUUUGAUCUCCACGGCCACAUCGAGGCAGCUGGACACAACCCAGACGCCUGCUUCCAUCUGGCCAUCACUGAUAAAACCUGCCGAGGGUUCCUGGUCAAAAUGGGCGGCAAGAUUAAAACGUGGAAGAAACGCUGGUUUGUCUUCGACCAGAACCGCAGGACGCUCACGUACUACGCAGACAAACAUGAGACCAAGAUGAAAGGAGUCAUUUACUUCCAAGCCAUAGAGGAGGUGUACUACGACCAUUUGAAGAAUGCACACAAAAGCCCCAAUCCCUCGCUGACCUUCAGCGUGAAGACUCACGACCGGGUGUACUACAUGGUGGCUCCGUCUCCCGAGGCCAUGCGCAUCUGGAUGGACGUUAUAGUGACUGGCGCAGAAGGACACAUGCACUUCAUGGUGUAGAGUCCAGAGACGACGAGGCGUGUCUGUAAUCGAGUGACUUGAGUGAGGAGACGUACAGCUCUCAUCAGCGCAAGGCUGAUUUUCAUCAUCAGGUUUGAAAAGGGAAAAAAACAAUCAGCUUUUGUUUACACCGGUAGCUUGCUAUUAAGGAGCUGUGGGUGAACAUGCUCAAAUGCACUCUUAAUAAUGUAAUCGUGUGUGAGACAGGUUUUAUAAUGAAGCUAUUAGGAUUUUUUUAAUUGUUUAUGCAUCAUAAGUGGAUGUAGCACAACUGAGUCUAACGACACACUAGUCUUUAUUGCAACCGAAAGCAGAUUACAAGCUAAUAGUGUUAUAUCUGACUUUUGAUAAGCUCCAAUUGAACCCAGGAAAACUUCUAAAUUGAGAAAAUCAACAUCUGUAACCUUUCCGAGGUGUGGUGCACGUGGAUGUGUCACCGUCUGACAGCUUUCUAUAAACACUCCACCUUCGUUUCUUUGUAUUUUGCCCCUGCUUUUACGUUUCCAGCCGUUCCUGUAGAUACCAGGCAGCAUCGGAGCGUCGCAGCUUCCCUUUUCCACAAAAACAAUCCGUUUUUGUAAAUGUACAAAAAUGAACUUUAUUGCUUCUGAUGGGUUACUCAUUUGGAGUGCUCCAGCCAAGCUGCAAACAUAAGCUGACAAGAUCUAUUUAUGGAAAUAUGCAAACGAAAUACAUCUCUAUUUGCAUCAAUUUGUGAAAAAACAUCCUUGAAUUUAUGAUGGUCAGUAUUUUUCUGUUUUAAUAUUAGCAAAUAAUUGUAAUUCUUGGUUAAUAUUGGUGUCUUGGAGGUGGAAAAAUGGCUCCGACGCCAGCGGUGCAGUGUUUCAUGUCUGCGGCGGUGCGGCUGGCUCCCUCUGUCUGUGGUGGAGGCCGGACAUGCGGAGGCCAUGCUGCGCAGCAGUGAUGCUGUAUGUUCCUGCAUCACCCACAUGUUCCUCCGCCCCCCUCAGCUCCUUUAUUUUUGCUCCUCCACCAGCAGAGGUCCUCCGUGCAGCAGCCUUGCACUGGAAUGACGUAAUGCUCCGGCUGACUCACUCAGACGCAGUUAAGUGAGGAACAGGGCCUCCAUCAUCCACAAUUUUAUUGCUUAGACUUCAAGUACCUGCAAACAUAAGCACAUGUAUAUCAAGCAUGAGAUUUGCUUUGUAGGAGCAAAAAUAUUAAGAUGUAAUCCUGAUAUCAAAGGUUUUUUUUUUUUAUUUUGCUAAAAAAAAAAAAAGAAUUCUAUAUUUGACAUUUAUAUUCUCUGAAGCUUUGUAACACUUUGACUGUAUUUGGUAGCAAAGGAAGACUUUAGCGGGUCCCAGACUGCAGGGCUUAUUACUUUUGAGUCGUGGUUAACUCCUGCAGAGCUGACAGGGUUUCAGAUGAGGUGUUGGAUGAAGAGACGCAUUUGUCAGGUAAACAUCUCACACUGCUGUGCACUAUAAGACGUACGCCUUGAAACCAAAGACAUUUCCACAUUUAUAUAUAUUUUUAAUACCCUUAGGAUUUUUUUUUUAUUGUGUACAUAAAACCAUUGUGAUUUUUUUUUUUACAUUGAAGCUAUGGCAUAGGUUUUUAUAUUCCAAAUGUGUCAAAAAUAAAUAAUUUUGAA